CAGGAUUUAUUUUCGCUGUCCACAUUGUCGUCUAUGUUUUCAUGCCAGUUGUGCUUAUUACGAGCUAGAACUGCAUCUUACAAAAGAACUGAAGGGGACAAUCUGUGAGCAGUGUGCUUCUAAUACAGUACAGGAUGAAGAUUCUAACAAUAACUCGUAAUGGUCAGCAAAGCCAGUUGCAGUGUGAUGAUGAAUUGGCAAAGUUAAUACUCUCUAAAGAUACAGAUCCAUCAUUGAAGGAGGGGCUCAUAAAUGGUCUGCUGACAAAUAGCCAACUUGAGUCAUGUCGAAGCCAACCCUCAUUAGAAAACAGCAAACCUCAGAUAUGUUAUAGUCAACCUCAACUAGUUGUCAACAAACUUCAGUCGUCCAACAUGCAAUCUCUGUUACACACCAGUCAACCUCAGAUUGUUUACAGUCGACCUCAUGUAGAUACCAACAACUUUCAGCCAUCUAACACACAGUCUGUAUUACAUGCCAGUCAACCUCAGCUAGGUGUCAACAACCUUCAAUCAUCUAAUAAUAAUAAUCAAAAUCAGUUAUCUGUAAGAAAAUCUGAAAGUAUCAGUCAAUCAGACAGCAUUAUUCAUACAUGGAAAUCUAAUGAAGAGGACCUUCUUGUGUCAUUACGUCAUGAUAAAAAUGAUCAGUUUACUCAAACUAAGAAUCAUAGUUUGUUAUGGAAAGCUAUUGCAGAAGAAAUCAACAAGACAUUAAACUGCAACAUUACAUCUACUCAGGCAAUGAACAAGUACUUCAGUUUAAAGAAAAAAUUGGAAGGAAGUUGUAGAUGCAGGGACAGGCACAGAAGCAAAAUUUUUCAGACAGAGAAAUGACUUUGAUCAGUUAUAUGGCACUAAAGCCAGUACAAAACCCCAGUUCUUACUCGACAGUACAAAGUCGCCAGUUGAGUAUCGGGACAUAGAGAAAGCUGAAAUGUCAGGAGAUCUGCAACCCCCUAGUGUAAAAAAGGAGAUGCCAGCAAGCAAACCAAAAGAAAGCAAAUCAAGAAUAAAAAGGAGAUCCACAGAAAUUGUAGAAAUGAUGGAACGACAGAACACUGAAUUCCAUAAAAGAAUGGAGCAACACCACCAAGCAAAAAUGACCAGAAUGGAUAGAUUUCUUGAUCUGUAUGAAAAAGACGUUAAUUCUAAGACCAAUUGACAACUAAAUCACAGUCUUGAAUUGUUUGACAUUUGUGAUGUGUAUAUUAGCAAAAGUUUUUUUUAUUUUUUACAUUGUUUGAAUAUAAUUUAAGAGACUGUAACUAUUUUUAAGCACAUGUUUUCUUUUUACAGGCAUUUGUGUAGCAAAAAACCUAUGUUUGUUGAUGAUUUUAGCUCACUUGAAAAAGGCUAAGUAGCAAUUUUGUUUUAUUACGCUCUUUUGUAUCUGAACAGCACAGGCAGUGUCUUUUUAUUCCAUUCCAAUCUUUGGUGUGAUGGCGAAUAGCAUUUAAUUGAGUGUGUGUGUGUUAUAAAGUAAAAAAUUAACAGUUGUAUUGAUAUCAAUUUGACUUUAUGUAAACCAUGAAGCGCCAUUGAUGAUUUACAUGACACCAACCAGAGACCAAAGUAAUAUGAUAUAUGUAUUUUGAGCUUUACUUGUUUCAAUUAUUUUAUUGGAAACAAGUGCAGCAUAGGAAGUGAAAAUUUACUUUAUAAUCUUUGAUUCCAUGGUUUUUAGUUAAUAAGUGACAUAUCAUUCCCACUUCCAGCACAGAUUGAAACUGACAUUUUAAUGUUAGAUUAUGAAAUUUUUACCAAUAUCGAUAAAACUUUUAGUUCAUAAUCACUUGUUUUGAAAAGAUGAAAUCUUUAAA